CUUUCCCCAUUCACACUACUUGCUUCCGUUGACAUCACCAAGCACAUCUCCUCCUCUCUUCACUUCCGAUGCAAGGUCUACGAAGUUGUUCCAACAACGCCGUACGGUUCGACCUGGCACCUCCCUCAACCACCACGAGCACCACCAUGAGCGCCACCAGCGGCUGCCUCUCCAUAGACGAGGAUGAAUCCGCGGAGACCCGAAUCCAGCGGCUGAUAUCCGAGCAUCCGGUGAUCAUCUUCAGCCGAUCAUCGUGCUGCAUGUGCCACGUUAUGAAGAAACUCCUCGCCACCAUCGGGGUUCAACCCACCGUCAUCGAACUCGACGACAACGAGAUCGCCUCCCUCCCAUCCCCACCUGCCCAAGAGAGCCUCUCCUCCAGCAGGAAUCCUGCUCCCGCUGUCUUCAUUGGCGGCACGUGCAUCGGUGGCCUCGAGUCCCUCGUCGCCCUCCAUCUCUCCGGCCACCUCGUCCCCAAACUCGCCGAAGUUGGCGCCUUUAUGGGUAUGAUAUAAUUAUGUCACACAUCCAUAUAAUGGGGUUUUCAUUAUGACUGUCAUAAUUAAUUAUUGUAAACUUAUUGUAGGUUUCUAAUGAACAUAAAAUUAAGAUGGCAGUCCAAUCUGGAAAUCAAAAAUCAAAAAAAUAUUAUAUGCUUUGGUUUUCGUAUGAAUGAAAAUUCAUAUUACUGUAAUGUAAUAUUUGAUAAGAUUGGAAUGAACUAGUUUUCAUCCG